AUGUGCCAGCACGACGAAGUUGGUCAGAACGGUUGGACAAGUACACCCGCAAAUGCCGGUGUCAUUUUCGGCGAUCGACCAUUCAUCAACGAGCCCAAGCCUUUGUCAUUUACAGAGAUCGAAUUUCCUCAUGCCGACCCUGUCGUCAAAAAGACUUAUGACUACGCAAAGGCAGCUCUUCAUGCCGAGACUUUCAAUCACUCCAUGCGAGUGUAUCAUUAUGGAAUCGCCAUCACAAGGCAGCAGUUCCCUGGCCAAGCCUCUGUGCUCAACCCAGCAACUUGGGCUUUGACUUGCUUGCUGCACGAUAUCGGUACUGCCGAGGAAAACCUCACUGCAACCCGCAUGUCCUUCGAUCUGUAUGGAGGAAUCAAAGCCUUACAGAUACUCAAGGACUUGGGAGCGACGACCGACCAAGCCGAGGCCGUUUCCGAGGCCAUUAUUCGACACCAAGACAUGGGUGUGGAUGGAACCAUUACAUUUAUCGGUCAGCUGAUUCAAUUGGCUACCACCUACGAUAACACCGGGGUUCAUCCUCAUGUCAAAGAUUUUGGGAAGCUGAUUCAUGAUGUUACGCGCAAGGAGAUCAAUGAGGCCUUCCCGCGCUCAAAGUGGUGCUCAUUCUUCUCGAAAACCAUAGAGAAGGAGGAGAACAUUAAGCCUUGGUGCCACUCGACUCAUCUGGUCGACUUUGCCAAGGAAAUCAGCGCCAAUACGCUGAUGAAGGAGUGGGAGUGA